GGACUUAACUUAAAAACACACUAAAUAGUUUAGUACAUAGAUUAUACACUUAAUAUAUUUGAGGUUUAGUACAUAGAUUAUACACUUGGUUUAGUAGAUGUUUAAGUUUUUGGACGAUGAAGUCGAAUAUGUACAGUUUGUUUAUUUUCUUUUUGAAAUGGCAUUUCAUCCAGUGUUCCCAAAACAACGGAGCCGGUAUUUAUUUGUCAGGACCAGGUCUAAAACCCGAUAAGAUUGUUUUGCCGGCUAGAUAUUUCUUCAUCACGUUCAGUUCUGUGGAUGAAGAGACGUACACUUCAGAUUGGGCAAGAAAUGUCGCAGUUGAAAUUAAAGGAAAAACUCAGAAAACCAACUACUGUAGAAUCUGGGUAAAUAAAUUAGACAGAAAAGAUGGGACCUUUAUUGUCCGUUACAAAAUAUAUGAAACAUGUUUUAAUUUGUCUAUUAACAUUUAUUACAAAAGUAAGAAUAUUGAAGGGUCACCAGUCACAUUCAAAGGUCCUAUUCUACCAGACCAAUGCAACUGUCCAACAAAAGAUUUGACGUCAUGGUUGACAGACUAUGGCUGCAAUAAUGUACCUGAGCAAAUUGUGAAUGACCUUAAGGCAUUUCAAGCUGUAAAUAUGACUGUAGAGGUAAAAAGAAUUGUAGAGAAGUAUCAUCAACCGGAAAGCACAAGUUUUUGUCAUUACAUUAUUAAAGGCAAUGAAAUAUUCAGAAAUUGCUAUGGUCGACAUGUGGGUUUUAAUAUGUUUGCUGACAAUAUUCUACUAUCUCUAACUAGAAAAGUUAAAUUGCCUGAUGUAGAAAUGGUCAUAAACUUAGGUGAUUGGCCAUUAAUAAAAAAAAAUACAGAACUGUUGCCAGUCUUCUCAUGGUGUGGUAGCUCACAGACAAUUGAUAUUCUUAUGCCAACCUAUGAUAUUACUGAGUCAACAUUAGAGAACAUGGGCAGGGUCACUCUGGAUAUGCUGUCUGUCCAAGGAAAUGUGGAACGACCGUGGUCACAACGUGAACCCCGAGCUAUUUGGCGAGGUCGAGACUCUCGCUUAGAACGACUUAAACUUGUUGAUAUUGCUCGAUCUCAUCCAGAUCUGUUUAAUGUAUCACUUACAAACUUUUUCUUUUUUCGUGAAAAAGAAGAGCAAUAUGGCCCAAAACAGCCCCACAUAUCGUUCUUUAAAUUCUUUGAUUAUAAAUACCUAAUAAAUGUGGAUGGAACAGUAGCUGCUUAUCGUUUCCCAUAUCUAUUAGCUGGAGGAGGACUGGUUUUAAAACAAGACUCUGAAUACUAUGAACACUUUUACCAGCAACUUCGAGAAUGGGAACAUUAUGUACCAGUUAAAAAUGAUUUGGGAGACUUAGUAGAAAAAGUUCAGUGGGCUCUCUCGAAUGAUGACAAAGCACACCAAAUUGCAAGAAAUGCAAGACAGUUUGCAAAUGACCAUUUACUUCCACAAAAUAUAAUUUGCUAUCAUGCUGCUUUGAUAUCGGAGUGGAGUAAACGAAUUUCAAACAAAAUUCAAGUCCAAAAAGGUAUGACACAUGUACCACAGUUAGAAUUUGCGUGCGAUUGCAGUAACACUGAAGAAGAGAUUCACGAUGAAUUGUGAAACAGUUUUUGAAACACCAAAUGGAACCAAACCAUAUGCAUAUAUUCAUAUAUCACUAAAUUGUUAAUAAAAAUCUCAACUGGAAUCUCAUAAAAUGUUGAAUUUUGUCAACAAAUUCAGGAUCCUAGUUGUAUAGUUAUUUACAUAGGUACAUUAUUAUAUUAUAGUGUAAUUAUAUCUUUCUUGUAAUAUUUUUAAUAUUUAAGAAAUAAAGCUAUUGUUGAUACCAAAA